AUGAUAACUCAAACUCCCGGUAUCUGAAGCGGACCACACAUAACCGCGGCGAGGAGAGGUCAUCGGAAAAGUGCCGGUUUGAGCCGUAGACAUAUCUUAUUUUUUCCCCCUUACUGCUUUUCUCUUCUCUCUGAAAUUGCAGCCGCUCGGCCGUCCUCUCACUUUAUCACGUGUCCUUAUCACUAAGCGCGCCAUGAAGCUGCCAGCUUGUCUCGUCUCCCAGUUGAGGCAAGUCGCCCGACACAAUUUUUCCAACAGGAUGGCUUCGCUCCACACAUCGGCGGCCAGGGCAGCUGCGGCACCCGGUGACUUCAGGGUCGAGUCGGACACCUUCGGCGAGCUGAAGGUUCCGAGCGACAAGUACUAUGGUGCCCAGACGAUGCGUUCCAUGAUGAACUUCAACAUCGGUGGCGAACACGAGCGGAUGCCGCUCCCCGUGAUCAAGGCCUUUGGAAUCCUCAAGAAGGCGGCCGCCAUCGUCAACAAGGAGUUUGGCCUGGAUGCCAAGUUAGCCGACGCCAUUUCACAGGCGGCAGACGAGGUGAUUGACGGCACCCUGGAGUCUCACUUCCCGCUGGUGAUCUGGCAAACGGGCUCGGGCACCCAGUCUAACAUGAACGUGAACGAGGUGAUCGCCAACCGAGCCAUCCAGAUCCUCGGCGGCCAACUGGGCAGCAAGAGCCCCGUCCACCCCAACGACCACGUCAACAAGAGCCAGAGCUCCAACGACACAUACCCUACAGCCAUGCACAUUGCGGUUGCCAUGGAGAUUGACACACGGCUGCUGCCGGCCCUCAAGCAUCUUCUGGACGCCCUGCGCAAGAAGGCCCAUGAGUUCAAGGACAUCGUCAAGAUUGGCAGGACUCACACCCAGGAUGCAGUGCCGCUGACGCUGGGGCAAGAGUUUGGUGGCUACGCUGCUCAGAUUGAGUAUGGCAUCGAGCGGGUCAAGGUCGCCCUGCCGCGUCUCUACUACCUCGCAGCAGGUGGCACUGCGGUGGGCACGGGACUCAACACGAGGGUUGGAUUUGCCGAGAAGGUUGCCGAGAAAGUGGCCCAGUUCACAGGGCUUCCCUUUGUGACGGCACCCAACAAGUUUGAGGCCCUGGCGUCGAACGAUGCCAUGGUGGAGGUGUCCGGGUCCCUGAAUGUCACUGCCUGCAGCCUCAUGAAGAUUGCCAACGAUAUCCGCUUCCUCGGCUCGGGACCCCGGUGCGGGUUCGGGGAGCUCUCCUUGCCCGAGAACGAGCCCGGCAGCAGCAUCAUGCCCGGCAAGGUGAACCCGACGCAGUGCGAGGCGGUGACCAUGGUGGCAGCCCAGGUGAUGGGCAACCACGUGGCGGUGACAGUCGGCGGCAGCAACGGCCACUUCGAGCUGAACGUCUUCAAGCCCCUCAUGGUGUCCAACGUCCUGCGCUCUGUGCGCCUCCUCGCAGACUCCAGCGUUUCCUUCACCGACAACUGCGUCGUCGGCAUCGUGCCCAACAGGGAACGCAUCUCCAAGCUGCUCAACGAGUCACUCAUGCUGGUGACGGCGUUGAACCCACACAUCGGCUACGACAAGGCGGCCAAGAUCGCCAAGACGGCGCACAAGGAAGGCACCACGCUCAAGGAGAGCGCCGUCAAGCUGGGCUUCCUCAAGGCCGAGGACUUCGACAAGUGGGUGCGCCCCGAGGACAUGCUGGGACCCAAGUGAAUGGACGACGGGACGCGGGACUCCAACUCUUGAAACGGAACAUUUCCCGUAUUUUGGAAGGGGGAGGGACGUUCGAGCACAUAAAAAUGGGACAUGUCCCAUAUUUUAUAUAAGAAGGAGGGACGACGGAAUGUGCGACCGCAACUUGCAAAGCGUAACACGUCCCGUAUUCUGGAAGAGAGGGGGAUGACAAGGCAGAUCAUUGUAACUCCCAAGACAGGACGUGUCCCGUUUUGGGAGUUUGAAAAAGGGAGGGAUAAGCGUGACCACAACUCCCUCAACGGAAAUGUCUCAUAGUUUGAAACAUGGGGAAGGGACGACGAGAUGCACAACCAACUCCCCCAGAUACGAGGCAAGCCUUAGUUGCAAAAGUUGGGCGUACCUAUUUUGCUUCUUGGGGAAGGAAGAAGGGAAAUAUGAUUUUAUUUUGAGAACUGACUACAUGUAUAAAUAUUAAAAAUAUUUGUAAGAAUAAGGAAAAUUCGGAAACAAAUGCGAUUGAACGUUAGUGGAUGCCUUUGUAGCAGCUACAAGUCAAGGUUUCAUUGAACAUGCAAUUUGGUGUUGAACGCCCCGCGGUAUUUAGAUUGAUGCUAAUCGUGCGCCUGGAAACCGAUUGUGUAUUUUAGUACUGGAAGCAUUAAAUGAACCUAUAGCGCA